AUGGGGGCAACCUACGCCAAAUUGCCCUCAUACGGGGUCACCCCCAGCCUCGACCUCAGGGCACAGCUAAAGAUCAGAAUCCUUUUGCAGGAGAUGCCAGCUCCCCGCCCGCCCGCUGCCUUGCGCCCCCAGCCUCCGGCCAGCACGGGCGUGGCCCCCAAAGCCACCAGGAUGGACCAGUUCUACAGAUCCACCAUGACCAUCUACAAGAGCAUCAUGGAGCAGUUCAAUCCUGCUCUGGAGAACCUGGUCUACCUUGGCAACAACUACCUCCGCGCCUUCCACGCUCUGUCUGAGGCUGCUGAGGUCUACUUCUCUGCCAUCCAGAAGAUCGGGGAACAGGCCCUGCUGAGCUCCACCUCCCAGGUUUUGGGGGAGAUCUUGGUGCAGAUGUCAGACACCCAUCGACACUUGAACUCUGACCUGGAAGUGGUGGUUCAAACUUUCCAUGGGGACCUGCUGCAACACAUGGAGAAGAACACCAAGCUAGAUAUGCAGUACAUCAAAGACAGCCGCCAGCAGUAUGAGCUCGAGUACCGCCACCAAGUGGCCAACCUGGAGAAGUGCAAGUCGGACCUGUGGCACCUGGAACGGAAGAGGGACAAGAAGGCCCGAGAGAUGAAGGAAAGUGUGAACCGGCUGCAUGUUCAGAUGCAGAAUUUCAUGUCUUCGAGCCAGCGGGCGGCGGAGCUGGAGGAGAAGAGGAGGUACCGCUUCCUGGCCGAGAAGCACCUGACACUCUCCAACUCCUUCCUGCACUUCUUUGGCCGGGCCCGGGGUCUGCUGCAGAACCGCGUGGUGCUGUGGAAGGAACAGGCCGAGGCCAGCCGAGCGCCUUCGCGCGCCCACUCCCCGGGCCUGCUGGGGCCCCCCUACCCUUCGGGGCGCCUGACGCCCACCCGCCUGGACAUGCCCCCGCGGCCCCUGGCAGAGUUCGGGUCCCCCCGCAGCCGGCACAGCUCCGGCUCCUACGGCCCGGAGCCCCCCGAGGCCAGGUCCGCGGGCCCGCUGGAGCCGGAGGGCCGGUCCCUGCCGCGGACCGCGUCUGCCUCCUCGCUCUACGCCCCGAACCCGCACCCGCGCGCCCACUCUUUCGGGGAGCGCCCCGGGGGCGCCGGCGGGGGUGCCCGCAGGGUCCGCGCGCUCGUGGCGCACUCCGAGGGCGCCAACCACACGCUGCUGCGCUUCUCGGCGGGGGACGUGGUGGAGGUGCUGGUACCCGAACCCCGGAACGGCUGGCUCUACGGCAAGCUGGAGGGCUCCUCCGCGAGUGGCUGGUUCCCCGAGGCUUAUGUGAAACCUCUGGAGGAGGCGCCCAUGGGCCCCCUGAACCCUCUGAACCUCAUGAGCUCCCUGAAUCCUCUGAGUCCCGUGGCAUCCAUGAGCCCCAUGAGCGAUCUAUCUUCCAGGUCCUAUCCGCUCCGGGGAAGCCACAGCCUCGAUGACCUCCUGGACAGGCCGGGCCACCCCAUGGGGGUCCCCUCUUCGGAGUCCCGCUCUCGCACCCCCAGCCGGGCACCCAGCCGCACCCCCAGCCCCGCCCCGCCCCCCCUGCCUGACAGUCGCAGGGGCAGCUCCAGCAGCGCAGGGCCCCACAACAACGGGAAGAAACUCACAUCCUGGGAGCAGCACCCCCCAGAACUCUUCCCCCGGGGCACAAACCCCUUUGCCACGGUGAAGCUUCGCCCCACCAUCACCAAUGAUCGCUCAGCACCCCUCAUCCGCUGAGGCACCCAUCUCUGCUGGCGGCAGCAGCAGCAGCAGCAGCAGCCCAGAGCGCAAAACGCACCCCUAGCUGGAGCAGUUCCAACAGACCACCUGGGUCAAGCCCCUCCAGGCCGUGCGGGUGGGGCUGAAGUACAGACUUCCAGCUGGGCUGGACACCCCCACCCAACCGGGACAAACCUCCAGCCCCUCAACCUCUUUCCUUCUCCACUGCAUGGAGAUAGCCCCACCCCACAGCCACAGCCCGUUUCACUUUUGUAACUGAUGGGAAAUAAAGCCAGAGCAGCAA